GUCUCUUUUAAGACAACAAUUAGAACCAAAAAAAAGAAAUUGUUUCUACUCGUAUCUAGUUUAAAACUACCCUUCCAACUUGAUUCAAGCUAAGCAAGCGAACGCACAUAGCCUUCCUGUUUUUAGGAAGGCUUCAAAAACAAUUAUCAAAAAAUCAAAAACAAAUUUGAGGAAAAAAAAAUUGAAAAAGGGAAGUAUGACCUAAAGAUAUCACAGAGGUUAUAACGCGCAAGGUAACUUGGGACUGUCUCCAUCGACAUUCAAGAUGGCGACCAAACAGUUAAGCGGGGUUCUGCGAACAUAUAUUGCCGCAGGUAAAGCAUCUCCUUCUCCCCCGCUAGGCCCUUCACUUGGACAGCGAGGAGUGAACAUAGCGCAGUUUUGCAAAGAGUUUAACGAAAGAACUAAGCACAUUAUCACUGGAAUUCCAAUUCCUACGAUCAUCUCUUACAAG